AUGACAUCAUGUGCCCCUUUGCGCCGCCUUAAUAUUUGCCCAAAACGACACACUCUCUUUGAAUUACAACAUAUAAAGUUGCAGGUUACAAUCGCACAAGUACCAGACGACGGAGAUAUGCCGGAAUAUUGUGUGACAGGCGGCACGGGAUUCAUAGCAGCGUACCUCGUCAAGUCGUUGCUUGAACAAGGCCAUACUGUUCGAACCACUGUCAGAGAUCCAGAAAAUGUGGAGAAAGUAGGGUACUUGUUGGAGCUUGAAGGAGCCCAUGAUCGACUAAAGCUUCUGAAGGCCAAUCUGAUGGAGGAAGGAAGUUUUGACCAAGCUAUAGAUGGUGUUGAUGGUGUUUUCCACACUGCAUCUCCGGUGGUUGUCCCACAAGACAACAAUAUCCAGGAAACACUAAUUGAUCCAUGCAUAAAGGGCACCAUGAAUGUGCUAAGCUCAUGCAAGAAGGCAAAAAGUGUGAAAAGGGUAGUGCUCACGUCAUCCUGCUCUUCAAUAAGAUACCGUUAUGACGUCCAACAAGUUUCUCCUCUUAAUGAAUCGGAUUGGAGCGACAUUGACUACUGCAAAGAGUACAACCUUUGGUACGCAUAUGCAAAGACAAUAGCAGAGAAAGAUGCAUGGGAUGUAGCAAAGGAAAACGGGAUCGAUCUAGUUGUCGUGAACCCUUCUUAUGUGGUGGGCCCAUUGCUAGCACCACAACCAACGAGUACACUUCUAAUGAUACUGGCCUAUAUUACAGGAACAGUAGGGGAAUACCCGAACACAACAGUAGGAUUUGUGCACAUAGACGACGUUGUGGCUGCUCAUAUUUUAGCAAUGGAGGAAAAAGAGGCUGAAGGUAGACUCAUAUGUUCAAGCACAGUGGCUCACUGGUCUGAAGUUAUUCAGAUGCUUAAAUCAAAAUACCCAUUUUAUCCAUAUAUAGACAAGUGUAGCAGUCGGAAAGGGGACGACAACCCACAUAGCAUGGAUAGCAGCAAGAUAUUACAACUGGGGCUACCUCCAUUUAAAACACUUGAGCAAAUGUUUGAUGACUGCAUCAAAAGUUUUCAAAAGAAGGGAUUUCUGGAAGUUUCAUCAUAA